AUGCUGAGCCAAACGACCAUCACCGGGGAUCUGGGACAAGGUCUCCCACCUGGCGACUAUCAUGCCGUCAGCGUUUCUCUUCCCACGUGGCAAGACUCGGUCAAUUGGGCCAGUAGGGACGUCAAGACUGUCUCCAAAUUGAAGGUCGGGUAUCCGAGAUUCUACAUCCAUCAUCUCGUCGAAACGUUGGCGGCGCGAAUAUUAGAAUGGGCGGCCUCCGAGUCCGAAUUCUCGGGCCCCUUGGGCCUGCGUCCCGAAAACGAGACCAGCCCGGCUAGCCUUAUCAUGCUCUUCCCACACACGACUCCAGCAUGGGCGUGCCAGGAAUUCCUGCAAAGGUCAGAGCCUGACAAAGCCACUUCGCAUCCUAUCCGUGCACUCCGAGUAAGCUUUACCGGAGAGCUGCGGGUUAUAGAGUCCAGCAGAGAUGAUGGUCAAGGUCGGCCCUUUCAAUACAUAUGCGCGAUAGUGUACCCUGCCCACAUGUCGGGAGUAGCCAAGGCCUUUUGGCAGCACACGGGAUUUGGUCUUUCGAGUCGACAAGCCGAAUACUGGCUCAAUGAGGCGCCAUUUUUGCGGGGGGCGGCAAAAGAGACAGUGCUACCCACCACUGAGCUGGGUCUCGAUGCUGCCCAGACCGAAUACUGGCUCAACGAGGCGAAAGUUCUGCUGGGAAAGGGAAAAGAGACAGCUUUACCCAUGGAGCUGGCUCUUGAUGCUGCCAAGGAAGCCGCCGACAAGAUCAAACAACAGCUCUCGGGGCUUUUCUCGUCCGCAUCAGCCUCCCCAUCUCCCGUCUUGCCUAAUGACGUAUUUCUGUACCCCAGUGGAAUGUCAGCCAUAAUUGACUCUGCUUCAGCCGUCGAAGCUCUAUGUCAGACGUCAGGCAAACCCGUUCAGAUGGCAGUUUUCGGUUUCUUGUAUGUUGACACGUUCAAGGUCAUCACCAAGGUCAAACAAUUCGAAUGCAAAAUGUACGGCCACGCUUCUUCAGCUGAUUUGGACCAGCUAGAGAGGGAUUUAGAGAACGGCAUGCGCAUCCAAGCAUUAUACACCGAGUUUCCGGGAAACCCUCUGCUCAAAUCUGUCGACCUGGAACGUCUGCACCAGCUCUCGCGCAAGUUCAACUUUUACCUCGUCGUGGACGAAACCGUGGGCACUGCCGUCAAUCUGGAUCUUGUGCCCUUUUGCGAUCUCCUGUGUACCAGCCUGACCAAAAUGUUUAGUGGAAGCUGCAAUGUCAUGGGCGGUAGCAUGACGGUCUGUCCUGGCCCCAACAAAGACGCCCUGCACCAGGCCCUGGCCCAACAAUAUCAUGAAACAUACUUCCCGACGAAUCUUGUCGUGAUGGAACGCAACAGCAGGGAUUUCCCUCGUCGUGUCGAGAUAGCGAAUCAAAACGCCGAGGCGGUCGCACGCAAGCUGCGCUGCCAUCCUGCCGUGGAAGAGGUGCAUUACCCCUGGGGAAGCCCAACGCAACAUUUGUAUGAUCGUUACAAGAAGGAUAAGGCUGGCGUGCCUGUUCUGGAGCAGGGUCGUUAUGGGCCAGAACGUCGACAAAAACGCGACGAUGCAGCCGAGCGAGAAACGACGACGGCGAAGAGAGUAGAAGCAGGGUAUGGGUAUUUGCUGUCUAUCCGCUUUGUGCAGCCCUCAGCCGCUAUCGCUUUUCACGAUGCAUUGGACCUGCCAAAGGGACCUAGUCUUGGCACAAAUUUCAGCUUGUGUUGUGCGUACACGUUGCUUGCGCAUGCACGGGAGCUGGAGUGGGCGGCUGAGUACGGUGUAGUUGAGCAUCUCGUCCGCAUAAGCGUGGGGAUCGAAGCAAGGGAAUUCCUGGAGGGGAGGAUCGAUGCGGCCUUGCGGGCGGCAGCAGAUGCGCUUGAUGGUCGGUGUUGA